GAUUAACACAAAAAGAAAGUGGAACAUUCCUCAUUCAAAACCCGCACACUGAAACAAUAUAAAUACACUCGUGUGUUUUUUUUUGGCAUAGAAUUGGAGACAACCGAUAUAGGAAGAUCGAGCAAUGGAUUCAUCGGCGGACAUAGCAAUAUUAGUGGCAGAGGAAUGUGAGCACAAGGUGAAUUUAACGGCAGAGAAAACAUCGAAUUCAGCGGAGGUUGGGUGGUUGAUGAUGUUUGGGAUUGAGGAGAAGAAGAUUGAAAGUUUGAUGAGGAAAUUUGAACUUAAAUCUCAGUUUGCUGUGGCUGUUUCUAGUGGCUUUUUCUCUGCUUAAUUAUUUUACAUCGUUGUACUAAGUCACGUUGACCUCAUGAUGCAAAUAUGGUUUAGGCAUGAUUUCAAAUAAUCCUUAUUAUUA